CAUAUAGUUGUAAAGCAAAUAUAUGCGAGUAUACAUACACACGUUCAUAAUUACCAUUAGUACGCAAGUUCGGUUAUCUUGAUCUAAAUACGUAAUCACUUAGAGAAGUUCUUAAUAACGAUAUAGCUAUCGUAUCAUAAAAUUUAAUGGAUGCAAUUUAAUGAUAAUUUUAAUCAUGUGUCAAUACAUUCUAAUAUAACAAUCAUUUUCUAAAUAUGUAAUAAUGCUAUUUGUAUUUGCAUUUUUACUACUUCUAAAAUUUUACCCAAACUGCGAGCAAAUGUACAAGUCUUAGCCAAGACUAUUACAUUUAUAUCUUUUCACUUAUCUGGCAUUCUUUUUUUUUGACAUUAUUUCCUAUUGAAUAAUUAUCCUUUGCUUUAAGAAUCCUUUAAACUUAUGUAUAUCAGUAUAUCAGUAAUAGAAAUAUUUUAACAAGAGUUUUAAUAUUAUUAUUUGAAAUGAAUACAACAGAAGAUAUUGUUGAGGAAAGGACACAUUCAGUUGCAGAACACAAUAAGAAACCUCACAAUGAAGUCAGUAAUUUUCUUCCACGGAUUACCAAUAGAAGUUCAAAGAAGAAAAUUACUAUAGCAGAUGUAAUACCACAGAUUAUUACAAGCUGUAUAAUUCACUGUAUCACUAUAAAGGCUGGUAUAAACAUGGCGUACAGUACUAUUUUAUUAGAUGGGUUAGAAUCAGAUGAUAAUAUGAAAAUAACUGAGAGUGAAGGUUCUUGGAUAGCAAGUCUAGUUACAAUAACGUUGCCAAUAGGUUCUCUCAUUGCUGGACCUCUGAUGGAUAAAUUUGGACGCAAAGUAGUUUGUUUAUUAUCUUGUGUUCCUGCGGCAAUAUCAUGGAUUUUAUUGAUAUUUGCCCGCUCCAAAAUCACUGUUUAUGCGGCUCGAGUUGUAGCUGGAAUUGCAGCAGGUUUAACAACCGUUUCUCUAGUUUAUAUAUCAGAACUUACACAUCCACAAGUCAGACCAAUGAUUUUAUGCCUUAAUUCUGUGUUUGUGUCAUUGGGUAUAUUAAUCACCUGUUGUUUAGCUGUAAUGCUAGACUGGCGCAAGAUGACUAUAAUUUUCCUUGCAUUAGAGUGUUGUAUUUUCCUUACACUUUACUUUGUACCUGAAAGCCCUUACUGGCUCGUAUGUUUUCAAAGUGGCUUGUUUGAUGAAAGACAAAUUUGCAAAAUAAAACACAGUUUAAAACUACUUAAUAGAAGGCAAACAAUUUGUGAGGAGGAAUACUCGCGAAUCAUGGAGAACUAUGGAAACCGCGUAACGAGUGAUGAAGCGCCGAAAAGUAUCACAGAAUCUAUGAAAGAUUACUAUUACAAAUUUACUUCUCCGAUAGCUUACAAACCUCUACUGAUACUUUUCUUACUUUUUUUAUUGCAACAGCUAUCUGGUUGUUACGUGAUUAUAUUUUACGCUAUUUCUGUCUUUCGCGAAAUGGGUGGAACGUUUGGCAAGAAUUUCAACGAACAUGGUGCGCUCGUUAUGUUAGGUAUCAUUCGAUUUGUCAUAAGUAUAAUAACGGUUUUCUGCAGUAAAAAAUACGGCAGAAGAUUUCUUUGCAUCUUGAGCGGGAUUGGAAUGGCUAUCUCUAUGUUUCUUUCUGGAAUGUACAUGCAUUUUGUGGUGUGGCACGAUGAAAACGGUAAUACUGAGGAAACCAUGGUCAAUCAAAAAUGGUUACUACUAUUUUUCGUAUUAUCUUAUAUCUGUACCAGUUCGUUUGGAUUUAUAGUUAUACCGUGGACAUUGAUCGGCGAAUUGUUACCUGUAUCUGUGCGCGGUAUCGGUGGGGGUCUCAUGGUUUCAAUUGCUUACAUAAUGAUGUUUGCCGUCAUAAAGAGCUAUCCGUACAUUUUGAAAAGCAUGAGCAUUGAGGGCAUUUUUUUCUCCUUUAGCUUUAUAUCUCUAAUGGGUGCAGCUUUUGUAUACUUUUUUUUGCCUGAAACUUUGGGAAAAUCGUUUUCCGAUAUUGAGAAAUUUUUCUCUUCCACAAGACAGAAGAAGACGCGAAUCGCUAGUCUUGAAGAUCUUUGAUUUUGAUACUUUUAUUUUGAUUUUAUUUGUGUGCGUUUUGCAUGAUGUAGUAGUUGCAAAGGGGACUAAUACUAUGUACAGGGGACAUUUUAAUGUUUCAAUAACAAUUUUGAUAAUAAAUUGGAAAAAUGUAAUUUGUACAAUAAU